UUUUUUAUAUAUAUGCUAUUUGGCCUAUAGUUUCCUUAAGCUGGCUCUUUUCUGAUGUUAUCACUAACUUUUUUCUGUAGAGCAUCACAUCUUGAAAAGCUAAGCUGAAUGGACUCAUGUAUGUUCUUUUGUGUCUCCUAAUAAGUUGAAAAAUUGGUUCACUGAACAUUUUCUGAUUUAUUUAUUUUUUUUCCCCCAGGAGAUCAGUGAUUCCAUAGUUGCCUUAUUAAAAUCACCUGCCAGCUCUGAAAAAAGUACUGCUGGUGAGAUAGUCAGGAUGGCACAUACCAAAGAAAUACUUUGCUGUCAAGAUAACAAAAUAUUGGGCUUCUACCGGGAAUUAGGCUCUACUAAAUGGGGAUAUAAGGAGAGAAACCUUACAGUAGAAGAAAGAAACAUGGCAGAUGGUGAAAAGAAUUUAGUUACCCCCCUUAAAAGAAAGCAAGAGGUACCUACAUAUUGUUUGGGGAAAAAAAGAUUGCUUGUUAAGAAACACAUUUCACAUGAGAGGAGAUAUAACUGGACUUCCAGACAAGCAGAGCAUUCUGAAAAUGAUUUUUGUGAUAUCAGGAGUUUAGGAUAUGAAGAAAAAAGAGAAUUAAUUGCAAAUAUAGAAGAAGCAGUGGCUUUUGUAACUACCAUGAUAUUUCUAGAUGGUUCUUCACAGCUUAACACAGAGCAGACCACCUUAGCCUCAUCAGUAAAGGGAAUUGCUGUAUUAGUGAAGAGUCAAACAGAUCGCCUUUGCUCUCUCAAUUUCUCUUCAACUGCCAGUACUUGGAGCUCUGCUAGUCAAAGUGAUAAAUUCAUUUAUUUGGAAACUGAAUGCUCUUCCCUUUGGGAGCAAGAAGAACAGGCUCACAACAAAUUUGCCCGGCAAGUGUUGUUUCAAAUACUACGUUGCAAAGUUCCAGUUAUCUGCUUCAAUGCAAAAGAUUUCCUGAAGAUAGUACUUCAAAUUUAUGGUAAUGGAAUUAGCUGGAAACAAGUUGCUGAUAGUGUCGUGUUGGAUCCAAGGAUUGCAGCAUGGCUGAUAAACUCCAGUGACACAGUUCCCUCUUUUGAGUGCCUAAUGCAGUAUUUUGAAAAAUCUUAUUCAGUGGAAACAGUAAAUACAGAUACAGGUGCUUUGAGAAAUUCUUCGCAUCAAAACUUGAUUAUGAAUUUGCAAAAACUUUAUACUAUAAUGAUGGGCCUCGCUCAUGACUUACAGGUUCAAGGUUUGUGGAAAUUAUUUUGCACGUUAGAGCUUCCAUUGAUCAAAGUUCUGGCAGUAAUGGAAACUCAUAAAAUACAUGUGGACAAACAAGAACUGAAAAAAACAUCAGAGAUUCUGGGGUUGAGACUAAAAGAACUGGAAGAGGAAGCCCAUCAAAUUGCUGGAGAACGAUUCCUUUUGACCAGCAGUAGUCAACUUAGAGAAGUACUGUUUGAAAAGUUAAAACUGCAUACGCUGUGUGAAAAAAUUCCCAAAACUGAAAGACAGCAAGUUGCAUCCACCUCAGAAGUUGUGCUAAGUAAGUUGCAAGAUCUUCAUCCUUUGCCUAAGCUUAUGUUAGAAUACCGGCAGGUUCGUAAGAUGAAAUCAACCUAUGUGGAUGGACUAAGAACAUGCAUGAGAAAGGGAUUUAUUUGCCCUACAUGGAAUCAGACAGGAACUGUGACUGGUAGACUUUCAUCCAAACAUCCAAACAUUCAAGGUAUCUCUAAACAUCCAGUGAGAAUUAAAAAGAAACAGUACAUAAAAGGAAAAGAAGAGGAAAUAGUAACCAUUUCCCCACGAGCACUAUUUGUUUCAAAGAAAGGAUAUACGUUUUUAGCAGCAGAUUUUUCACAAAUUGAAUUAAGGAUCCUUGCUGACUUAUCAGCUGAACCAGAACUGUUGAAACUAUUCCAAGAGCCUGAAACCGCUGAUAUAUUUACCUCAUUGGCUUCUCAGUGGAAGGGCAUUCCAAGUGAACAAGUGAAACAAACUGAUAGAGAGCAAGCAAAGCGUAUCGUUUACUCAGUGGUUUAUGGAGCAGGUAAAGAACGUCUUGCUGAAUGCUUGGGAAUUACUCCUCUUGAAGCUAGUUGCUUUAUAGAGAGUUUUAUGCAAAAAUACAAGAAAGUACAUGAAUUUACAAAGAAAACCAUUGGACAAUGCCAAAAUAAAGGUUAUGUGGUUUCCAUUAUGGGACGCAAAAGACUGCUUGCUAAUAUCCAUUCACAGGAUUAUAAACUACGCACUCAAGCAGAGAGGCAGGCUGUCAAUUUUGUUGUUCAAGGAUCUGCAGCUGAUCUUUGCAAAAUGGCUAUGGUUGAGAUUUUUACCUCCGUUGUGGUUUCUCCAACUUUAACAGCCAGGUUAAUUGCUCAGAUUCAUGAUGAGUUGUUGUUUGAAGUAGAAGAUUCCCAAAUCCAGGAAUUUUCAGGUAAAUAUAAUCUCUUUCUUUCUCCCUCCCCAUUUCCCAACAGCCUACUACUGAACAGGAAUGGUAAUCCAUUUGCUUUAUCUUGA